CUAUCCUGCGCCAGCCACACUAAUCGGAUUGUUUUGUUUUGUCGGCCGAUUUCAGCCGUAUAUAUCUGCGUAUAUAUCGUUCGAUUCCGGUUGAAGUACGCACCAUGGCCUUCCUGUACCUACUGGGCUGGGUCUCUAUGGGCAUACAGAUCGUGUUCCUGACCCUAUCAAUUGUGGCUGGUCUAUAUUAUCUGGCGGAAUUGGCCGAGGAGUACACGACGGCGGCGAGGAAGUGCAUUCUCUUCCUGAUCAGCUUUACAAUCUUCGUCUACAUCCUGCUGAUGCUCUUCGAGGACCUGCCGUGGAGCCUCAUAAUCUGCGGAUUCGUGGCGCAGGGCUUCCACCUGGGCAUCAUGGGUGGAUUCCCCUUUGUGCGCCUGCUCUCGCUGCCGCUGCUGGGCUCCUUGACCAUGCUGGUGGUCAAUCACUUCCUGGCAUUCCAGCACUUCACCACUGUCUAUGUGCCUUUCACCCAGGUGCUGGCUUACUUUACCAUCUGCCUGUGGAUCGUGCCCUUCGCCCUGUUCGUCUCGCUGAGUGCGAAUGACAGUGUCCUGCCCACCACCGUCAGCGAUCAGAGCCGGCGCAGUCCGGAUGUGGUCAGCAAUUACUUCUCGCGGAACAAGAAGCAGGGCCUGCUGUCCCUGUUCCAGUAUCUGAAAGAGGCCCUGCUCCCUGGGCGGACCAAGAAGGCCUUCUAGGUGUAGUUUAUUUAAUGUUUAUUUAUUUUUGUGGCCGCAUUCGAGACAAAAGUAUACAAAGCGCAUGUGAACUACGUUUAUGCCUUGACAUUCGCCAUUGACUAAUGUUUUUGUAGUGGAACCUAUCGAAGUUAAGGGCUAAACGAAUAGGAGGGUUUGAAUAAGAACGCAGAUUAUUGAAAUGAUAUGUCGUUAUCUAUAUGUGCGUGAUUUCAGUUUUAUAGGUCACCUUUUGGGGAACUUUUGACGAAUUUCGAUUUUGUACACGCAUUGAAGAAACUGAAUAAACCACUACAUGAAACAUAUAUCAUGUACUAAUUAGAUAUUAAUAAAA